CCCCGAGUCUGAUUGACGAAAUACAAUUUUUCAUAUUUCAGAUAAAAAUUGAAACUCUAAUAAUAGAUAUGUGAAGUGAACAUUAAAAUCUGAAAAUCUACAGAAAUCAAAAUGGAAACGUCCUCGGUUGGUGACGAGCUGUCUGAGGAGCGGAUUGUUACUCUCGUCAGUCAAAAUAUCAGUGUCGAUGUAGAGGACGAAUUACAACCUGAACAAGUUAAGGACGAUUCUCAAACUGAAAAUGUUCACAUCGAUUCUCGAUCUCAUUUGAACAAAAACGUUCUGCAUAAGACAAUCGAUAUUCACGCGGAUUUAAACCAGGAAGAGACAAAUAUAGAUAAAUCGGUGGACAUGGCGGAAAUGACGGAUUGUUUAAAUUCGUCAGCGGAGGACGAAAAGCUCGGAGAAUCGUCCACGCUGGGGUCAUUAAUAGAACAAGGACUAUCGUCCAAAUCUAAAUUAUUUCUUAAAACUGAAGAAGGCGUGGAACAAAUUCAGGAUUUAGAUAAACAUUCGGACCUAAAGUACGCAUUGCAGGACGCCAUCACUGACGCAAUUGACAAAGAGGAACUUGACGCAGAUCCUGCGUCAGUUAGUCAAACAGUGAGGAUAUCGACAGCCGUUAAAAUAGAGCCUAAAGAUGAGGUAAAGAUUGAGAGACUAGCUGACAAGAAAGAAUCGGUCUUACAAUUGGUUGAACCGAUGAAAAAAAGUGCUGAAAACAAAACUUUAAAUACUAACGGACUCUCGUCUGUUCAACCUCAGAAUUCAACUCCACUUCAACCUGCAGUUAAAAAAGAGGCGGCAAAAGAGAGUUCAUUUUUAGUGAAAGUUGAAUCUGUAGAAAAAUCCACGAACAAUGUUGAAAAAUACUCAAUUUCCACGGCGGAAAAAUCCACGAAUCUAGAACUAGUUCAAACUAGUUCGAGCCUACCCUCCUCCCGAUCAGAUCUCAACCUUGAUAAGUCAGAAUCCAAGAAACCCGGUGGCAAGGAAAAGACUGAAAAUAAGUCAGAAAAACACAGGUCCCAGAAGAGUGAACGAGAUGAGAGGAAGAAACACUCCGAGCACCGGCACCGAGAAAGGGACAAGGAUAAAUAUAAGAAUAAGAGAACAAGUGUGGGUAUACAGUGCAAGCGGGAAGAUGUAGUACCCUCAAGCUUAGGAGUAGGGGAAAGUAGACGAGUAUGCGGGUAUUCUAUGGCGAACCCUUUGAAUAAUCUGGUCGGAGUUAAACCUUAUAAAUAUGCUCAUCUCAUGUAUGUUGAGCGGUAUCCGAAUGGCGGGGGUUUAGUUCUGCACAGUUGGCAGGAGGACCUAGACAAGCUUAGCGAAGAGGAGAACAACAUCUUCGCAGAGGAGUUCGUCACAGAGGCGUUUAUUGAGGAUGACGGGUAUGCAGUUUACUGUAUUGCUAUUGUACAUGACGCGGCUAGAGGAUUACCUGAUUUCUUGGAGUAUUUGACUGACCAGCACUGUAACCUACCGGUCAAGCAUAGUAUUAUUGGGCAUGCCCGGGAGCUGGAGACUACCUCUAUAUCGGCUUACCGAGAGAAGGUUAGAGACAACUAUAAAAAUGGAACCUUCAGGUUUGGCUACCUGGAUAACCUGAGUCUGGUUGGAACUGCUGCAGAGGAGAGCGGAGGAUACUUCCCAGAUAUCCUGGAUAUGUUGGAGGAGAUACCUAUACUAAACCUGACUAUGCCCUGGGGAACUCGGAGUCUACUAGAGGAAACUCCCAGGAAUAAAUCCAAUGAUGGUCCUAUACUCUGGAUACGACCUGGAGAACAAUCUAUACCAACAGGUGAGCUAGGGAAGAGUCCACUAAAGAGAAGACGGAAUAAUCAGAUUAAUGAACUAAAGAGCCUUAAGUACCUGCCCAGAUCUACAGUGGAGAGAGAGGUCAUUUUUGAGGAUCGAACUCCGGCCCACGCGGACCAUGUUGGGUUUGGUCCCGACAGAAUGACGACCGGUGCUGUUGGAUUAUUAAAAGCAAUCCACUGCGGGGAAACUGUGGAAUUCAACAGAAUAACAAAGGACACUGUUAUAUUUAAUGCAUCUGAUUUCCUUCACCUGACUGAGAAACUACAACUAGAUCUUCAUGAACCUCCGAUGUCCCAGUGUCCUGUCUGGAUUGAUGAGGGAAAACUAAACCAACUUCAUCGAGAUGGUGUCAGAUACGCCAGGGUUCCCCUGUCAGACAAUGAUAUUUAUUUUCUACCAAGAAAUAUUAUUCAUCAGUUCAGGACUGUUACUGCUACUACAAGUAUAGCAUGGCAUGUUAGAUUAAAGCAGUACUACACAACGCCUUUAGAUACUGAACUUACACCAACCAAACUUCAGGUUCCUGAGAGAUUAGAUGUACAGGGUUCAGGUUCAGGUUCAGAGAAGGAGAAUUCCUCAAGACUAGAGAGGAAACGACGUCGCGUAGGAUCUGAAUCUGAUGUAGAAGAUCCAGAAUAUGUUCCCAGUAAAAUAUUUAGACCAGAGACAGGAAAACCUAAAUCUGAAAGUACAAAAGUUGAGAAGGAGAAGUGCAAAGAGAAAAAGGAGAAGGACAAGCAAAAAAAGGAAAAGAAGAAGCAUAAAGAGAAGGACAGGGGGAAGGAUGGGGGGAAGCGGGAGAAGGAAAGGAAGCUGGAAAAGGGUGAGAAAAAGAAGGAUAGUAAGCUACUGAUUGGAGAGAAGGCAAGAGAAGGAAAAUCUCAUCUUAGUUUUAAACUAGGAGAAAAACAAGCCAGCAAGUCGAAACUGGUCACUGACAAUUCUUCGGAGAGUAUCAAGAAUAUUCUGUCAGCUGGGAGGGAAUGCAUAAAACCCACCGGCGAGGUCCGCGCUAAACAAGAUCUUGAGAAAGCCAAGUUUGAGCCGCUGGCAGCCCGGCUGGCGAAAUCUAAACUGGAGCCGCUCGCCGCCCGGAUGGAGAUAGCCAAGUUGGAGCCGCUGGCUGCUCGGCUGGAGACUGAAAAGCGGCGUCCAGAAACUGUUCCGUCAGAACGAAGAAAGAGUAUUGAUAUUAUUUAUGAGAGUGAACAUAAACCUGAUCCAACUAUACCUCAACCUAGAUCUGGCGCACGAGUUGAUGAACGCGUAAACAUGUCCCGACUCUUCCCGGGUAAACUGUGUGCAAAGAACCAAACCAAACCUACAUCUGCGUCUAAAUCAGAAAACGCGGGAAAACCAGAAAGUACAAAAUCCAAGAUGGACGGUGUCAAGAGAAAUUUAAGCUUUUUAAAUACCAGUGUUUGUCCGCCCGUCCCACCUGGGGGAUUUGAUAUCCUUGGUAAUAUUAUGUCGGGUAUGGGUAAUAAUAUUAAAAAGGAUUAAAGUUUGUCAUUUGUUGGUUGUAUUUUAGACGAGACUGAACUAAGUACAAAUACCAACAACAUUUCUUCAAUGCUAUCUUUGAAUUUUCUUCUCUGUACACACUUCAUUGGUAUAAAAUUUGCUGAACAUCAUCAAUUCCACAGUUAGUUACUAAAUAAAUGAACUGUCCAGUUGAUGCCCAA